UGAAAAGAUGGCACAGCUGCUUGUACCACCAGGUGUAAACAGCUUCCGCCGCUUUACUCGCGAGUCCCUCAAAGCCAUCGAGCAGCGGAUCGCCGAGGAGAAGGCCAAGAAGCCCAAAGGGGAAAAGAAAAAACGCAAUGAUGACAGUGAUAUCAAGCCCAGCCGUGACCUGGAGGCGGGCAAAUCAAUCCCUCUACUGUACGGGGAUGUCCCCAAAGGCAUGGUAUCGACACCGCUGGAGGACCUGGACCCCUUCUACUGCAAUCAGAAAACUUUUGUAGUGGUAAACAAAGGAAACUUCAUCUUCCGAUUCAAUGCCGCUCCUGCCUUGUACCUCCUGAGCCCCUUCAACCUUCUAAGAAGAAUAUCAAUGACGAUUUUAGUACACUCAUUGUUCAGUAUGGUGAUAAUGUGCACUAUUCUCGCCAACUGUGCAUUUAUGACUCUGAGUACGCCGCCACCCUGGGCAAAGAAUGUAGAGUACACAUUUACUGCAGUGUAUACCUUUGAAUCCCUCGUUAAAAUUUUAGCUCGAGGGUUUUGCAUAGGGAAGUUCACAUUUCUAAGAGAUCCCUGGAACUGGUUGGAUUUCAGCGUCAUUGUCAUGGCGUAUGUAACAGAGUUUUUCAACAUGGGAAAUUUUUCAGCUCUUCGUACGUUCAGAGUGCUCAGAGCGUUUAAAGCCAUUUCAGUUAUCCCAGGCCUGAAGACAAUCGUUGGUGCCUUGUUCCAGUCAGUGAAGAAGCUCGCUGAUGUGAUGAUCCUCACCGUCUUUUGUCUGAGUGUCUUUGCCCUCAUAGGGUUACAGCUGUUUAUGGGCCAUUUGAAGCAGAAGUGUGUAAAGACAAUAAUAAAUGACACUUGCACAUCAGAUGAGAACGAAAGUAAUGAAACAGAAAAAUUCGACUGGAUAGGGUAUGCAACGAAUAGAAGUAAUCAUUAUAUCCUUCCAGGCAAACGAGAUCCACUGCUUUGUGGGAACAGCAGUGAAGCUGGGCAGUGUCCAGAAGGGUACAGUUGCAUACAAAUAGGAAAGAACCCAGACUACAAUUACACCAGCUUUGAUUCAUUUGGUUGGGCCUUCCUCUCUCUGUUCAGACUGAUGACUCAGGAUUGCUGGGAGAACCUUUACCAGCAGACGUUGCGGGUAGCUGGAAAGCCCUACAUGAUCUUUUUUGUGCUGGUGAUUUUCCUCGGUUCCUUCUACCUGAUCAACCUGAUCUUGGCUGUCGUAGCUAUGGCUUAUGAGGAGCAGAGUCAGGCCACCAUGAAGGAGGCACUGGAGAAGGAGGAGGAGUUUAAGGCUAUGCUUGAGCAACUGAAACGGCAGCAGGGGGAUGCUCAGGCAGCAUCUGCAGCUGCUGCAGAGGGUGAGGGGGUCGAAGACAAAGGCGGAGGCACGGAGAGCUCCUCUGGCACCUCCAAGCUCAGCUCCAAAAGUGCCAAAGAGAGACGCAACAGGCGGAAGAAAAGAAAGGAAGAUGAGGGCAAAGGCGUGGAUGACAAGAUUCCAAAAUCAGAGUCCCAGGACAGUAUAAGGAAAACUCGCUGCCGCUUCUCAGAUGCAAACCUGCUCAACUAUGACAUGAAAUGUUCAACUGCACAUCAGGCUGACACUACUGACACUGGUGAAGAAACUAAUGCGGAGUGUAUGGACUUCCUCGAGGGCCCAGAGACCCGACAGAGAACUUAUAGUGUUGCUAGUGUCAUAACCAGCACAAUGGAGGAGCUUGAAGAGUCACGUCAGAAGUGUCCUCCCUGCUGGUACAACUUUGCUCAGACCUUCCUGAUCUGGGAAUGUUGUCCAACAUGGCUGAAGAUCAAGAGGGUCAUCAAUCUGAUAGUGAUGGAUCCAUUUGCAGACCUAACUAUCACCAUCUGCAUUGCACUCAACACAUUGUUCAUGGCUAUGGAGCAUCAACCAAUGGAUAAAGGAUUCGCUGACAUGCUCACAGUGGGCAAUCUGGUAUUCACUGGGAUCUUCACAGCAGAAAUGGUCCUUAAGAUCCUUGCUAUGGACCCAUACCAUUACUUCCAGGUGGGAUGGAAUAUUUUUGAUGCAAUCAUCGUCAGUUUAAGCUUAAUGGAGCUUUCUUUGGAAAGCGUGGGUGGUAUGUCUGUCCUGAGAUCAUUUAGACUGCUGAGAGUAUUCAAGCUGGCUAAAUCGUGGCCCACUCUUAACACCCUGAUCAAAAUCAUUGGUAAUUCAGUGGGGGCUUUGGGCAACCUGACACUGGUGCUGGCCAUUAUCGUUUUCAUCUUUGCUGUGGUGGGCAUGCAACUCUUUGGAAAGAGCUACAAGGACUGUGUGUGUAAAAUCUCUGAAGACUGCACGCUUCCCCGUUGGCACAUGAAUGACUUCUUCCAUUCAUUCCUCAUUGUGUUCCGAGUGCUUUGUGGAGAGUGGAUAGAGACCAUGUGGGACUGUAUGGAGGUGGCUGGAACAACCAUGUGCAUCACUGUGUACAUGAUGGUCAUGGUUAUUGGAAACCUUGUGGUGCUGAACCUGUUCCUGGCUCUGCUGCUGAGUUCAUUCAGUGCUGACAACCUCGCUGCGAAUGCCAACGACGACACCGAGAUGAAUAAUUUGCAGAUUGCCAUCCAACGGAUUCAAAGUGGUGUUGCCUAUGUCAAGUCUGCGGUGCGAAGUAAAUACAGUCGCUUCUGUCUCAGGAAUAAGAAGAAAGGGAAGGGUGAGGACAAAUCACUAGAGGAGCUGCAUAAAUCUUUAGGACCGAAUGGUGUCCCCAACCAUACCAUCAAAGAAUUUCCCAUGAAUGGAAAUGGGGAUGUUACCGGGGUCGACAAAAAUGGAGGCAAGUACAUAGUGAGCAGCAGGAGUGAUGACUCUAUGAUGUCUUUCAUCAACAACCCCAGUUUGACUGUAACUGUUCCAAUUGCUGUGGGAGAGUCGGACUUUGAGAACCUUAAUACGGAAGACUUCAGCAGCCUCUCGUCGGAUGCAGUAGGAUGUCGUGUGCCCAUAGAAGAUGAUGGCCAGUUUAGCUCCUCUGAGGGCAGCACAGUAGACGGUAUGGCAAAUGGAGACGGAGGAGAGUCACUGGACUUUGAACUGGAAGAAGCAAUGGAGCCUGAUUCUUGCUUUCCUGAAGGCUGUGUGCAAAAAUACAAGUGUUGCCAAGUAAAUGUGGAAGUGGGUCGAUGGAAGAUGUGGUGGACUCUGAGAAAGACUUGUUUCCGGAUAGUGGAGCAUAACUGGUUUGAGAGCUUCAUCAUCCUCAUGAUCUUGCUCAGCAGUGGAGCACUGGCAUUUGAAGACGUCUACAUUGAAAAGAGGAAGACCAUUAAAAUAGUGUUGGAGUUUGCUGACAAAAUCUUCACCUACAUCUUCAUUUUGGAGAUGUUACUGAAGUGGGUGGCGUAUGGAUUUGCCAAGUAUUUCACAAAUGCCUGGUGCUGGUUGGACUUCCUCAUUGUUGAUGUCUCACUGGUCAGUUUAGUGGCAAACUCCAUGAACUAUUCUGAUCUUGGUGCCAUCAAAUCUUUGAGAACCCUGCGAGCUCUGAGGCCCCUGAGAGCCUUGUCACGGUUUGAAGGCAUGAGGGUGGUUGUCAAUGCCCUGCUGGGAGCCAUUCCUUCCAUUUUCAAUGUGCUGCUGGUUUGUCUCAUCUUCUGGCUCAUCUUCAGCAUCAUGGGAGUCAAUUUAUUUGCAGGGAAGUUCUACCGUUGUGUCAAUACAGCAACAGAUAAGCCUUUCCUCCCUUCAGAGGUGAGAAACUUCACAGACUGUGCAAAGCAGGAAAAUGCUCGCUGGAAGAAUGUCAAAGUCAACUUUGACAAUGUGGGCUUUGGCUACCUUGCACUGCUUCAGGUGGCCACAUUCAAAGGUUGGAUGGAUAUCAUGUAUGCUGCUGUGGACUCUCAAAACAAGGCAGGAGAACAACCAGAGUAUGAGAUCAACCUGAAAAUGUACAUGUAUUUUGUUGUUUUCAUCAUAUUUGGAGCCUUCUUCACCCUCAAUCUGUUUAUUGGUGUCAUCAUAGACAAUUUCAAUCAACAAAAGAAAAAGCUAGGAGGUCAAGACAUCUUCAUGACUGAAGAACAGAAGAAAUACUACAAUGCCAUGAAAAAGUUGGGGUCAAAGAAACCUCAAAAACCUAUUCCUAGACCAUCAAACAAACUUCAGGCAUUCAUCUUUGACUUUACCACAAAACAAGCAUUUGAUAUCGUUAUCAUGGUUCUAAUAGUGUUAAAUAUGGUGGCUAUGAUGGUGGAAACCGCUGACCAGUCAGAGGACAAGAAAGCUGUUCUCAGGAAGAUUAAUAUAGUAUUCAUCAUCGUCUUCACUGGAGAAUGUUUGUUGAAAAUGAUCUCGCUUCGCCAUUACUUUUUCACAAAUGGUUGGAAUAUAUUUGAUUUCAUCGUGGUCAUCCUGUCAAUCCUUGGUACGUUUCUUUCAGACAUAAUAGAGGAUUACUUUGUUUCACCAACCUUAUUCAGAGUCAUCCGAUUGGCUCGGAUUGGCCGCAUCCUUCGCCUUAUUAAAAGUGCCAAAGGAAUCCGCACACUAUUGUUUGCCUUGAUGAUGUCACUUCCUGCCUUGUUCAACAUCGGUCUCCUGCUCUUCCUUGUGAUGUUUAUCUACGCCAUUUUUGGCAUGUCAAACUUCGCUUACGUCAAGAGGGAAAAAGGCAUUGACGAUCUUAUGAACUUUGAGACUUUUGGCAACAGCAUGCUCUGUUUGUUCCAGAUCACCACCUCAGGAGGAUGGGACACCUUACUGGAUCCAAUUCUCAACAAAAAAGAUGAUUGUGACAGUACCAAGGAGCAUCCUGGCAGUCCUGUCACAGGAGACUGUGGGAACCCUCCUGUAGGAAUUGCCUUUUUUGUGAGCUACAUUAUCAUUUGUUUCCUUAUUGUGGUGAACAUGUACAUCGCAGUCAUCCUUGAAAACUUUGGUGUGGCGACUGAGGAGAGUGCCGACCCCCUAAGUGAGGAUGAUUUUGAGAUGUUUUAUGAGGUCUGGGAAAGGUUUGAUCCUCACGCCACACAGUUCAUCGAGUACAAGAAGUUGGCCGAGUUCGCAGAUGAUCUGGAGCCACCAUUGCGCAUAGCCAAGCCUAACAAGCUAGAACUGAUGUCUAUGGAUCUACCGAUGGUGAGUGGUGAACGGAUUCACUGCCUGGACAUCCUGUUUGCAUUCACAAAGCGCGUUCUGGGCGAGGGCGGGGAGAUGGAUGUACUCAGAGCUGAGAUGGAGGAACGCUUCAUGGCUUCCAAUCCCUCCAAAGUGUCCUACGAACCCAUCACUACCACCCUCCGUCGUAAGCAGGAGGACACGUCAGCCAUUGUCAUCCAGAGAGCAUACAGACAGUAUGCAGUCAUCAGAAAUGCUGCCAUAAAGUCGCCUGACGCAUCCAGUGAUACCGUGGAUGACAAAAAGGAUGACACACCUAUUAACCAUGAGAAUCUUGUCUUUGACGACCUCAAAAAGAAUUCUAGCCUUGAUAAAGGUGAACUGACUCCUCCCACAGCCCCUCAACAUGCAUGUAACAGUGUGACAACAAAUGGAAACAACAAAUACGAAAAAGACAAAAGUGAAAAGGAGGUUGUGGGCAAAGAUGUCAGGGAGCAAGAUAUGUAAGUUAAUGCUGGAGACGCAUUAAGGACAUUUUUAUUAUUGUUAAAAUGUUUACAACCUCUGAAAGUGACAAAGACAUCCAUUGGACUCCUUUCCUUUAUACGGAUAUCUACGCUGAACUGACCCUGCUUCCUUGAGACUAUAGGUUGAUGUCUAAAACACAAAAGAGGCUCCUUCAGGCUGAUAUGGGACAAUUUUGGCUAUGUUCAGGAGAAAGGAUGCUUUUUAAGCUGUUUGCUGGGAGGGGUAAGUGUUCUUAAAGAUGCAGUAGCUAAUGCUACAACUUCUAUUGAUAUAUUUACAUGGUGGCAAUUUUUUUCUGAUGUGAAGCGCAGGUGGUGAGUUUAAAUGCCGUUGAAAUGUCUUGCUGCUGUAUUUCAGGUUGUUAAUAGUAUAAAUGUAGGGGGUCUUACCAUCACUAUCAUCACAACACUUCUCACUUGAUCAGCAAAUGAAAAGCAGGGAGAAUAUGAAGGGACAUAGAGUAGAAUAGAGUACAAUAGAAUAGCCUUUAUUUAUCAUUGUCAGGUGUACAAUGAAAUUAGAAGCGCUGCUCCUGAAGGUGCAUGUGAUAAAACAAAUGUCAAAUAUAUACAGUCGGGUACAGAGAAGAUGUAUUUUGAUUAAGAUAUUGCACAUUAUAUGAACGUUUUCGCAGUUCCCAGUAUUACAUUGGGCCAUGUUUCAAUUUUAUUAUCUUCCAUUAGCUAAUAUUACUGCUGACUAGAAAUAGUCUGAAUGCCAACACAACCAUUUUAUGGUGCUACAUGAUACAGUAAAGACAUACAAUCCAAGCUAACUUGAUGGUUAGCGAGGAAGUGGUUGAGUGCUAACAUUAGCUGUUCUCUACUGUAGCUCACAGAUUAUUGAGUAGAGAGAUUUUUAGCUUGAAAUUGUGCCCCUCUAGAGAUCAAAAUUUCACUUUUCAUACAGUUUGAGGUUGCUGGUCAAUCAGGAAAUGCUGAAUUGGGUUUUUUUUCUAGCUCAUACAACAAUAACAAUAGUUCGACAUUAUACCAGCAUUUGAGCUUCACACCCUGAAUGUGACAUCAGAAAAAGGUUGCGGCCAUGUUAAUAUAAAGAACUGCAGCUAGUCUGCUAACCAGUGUCUUGAAUUAUUGUUAUAUCACUGAAUGUUGUAUGUCUUUACUUUUCAGAAAGAAAACAAUGUUUUUGUUUUAUUACUUUAACAGUUUAUUGUUUGGUUAAUUAACUUUUUAUACUUUUUUUACUCUGCAAAAGUUGUUUUACCCUUCCCGGGUUGUCCUAAUAAGCAGCAGUACUUUAAAGCCAAUCAUGCUAACAGAUUGACAAAAAACAAAGAGACUACACUGGAAUUGCUGCAGUUAGCUAGAGAUGUAGACAUGCAUGAAUGUUCCUCCAUGGUUACACGUUAGUGUGUACUAUUUUCCUUAGGCCCUCUCCAUGUCCAUCAUUCACACAUAUUUGUUUUACAUACAUCACAGAAACAUCACCUUAGCCCACAGUCCAGAUAAAUACAACUGAGUGUCUUGCUCAUGUUUGACUGUCAAUGAGCAGUAACAAUUGGUAUAAUACUUGCACAUCAACCUUUGUUGAGCCAUCAAAUCCUUUUCAUAUUUCCCCUAAGCUUGAUGUGAGCUAUGUUUGCACCAGAUACAACACGGCUAAUUAUGUAGAACUUUAACCUAAAAAAAUUCGUCCUCAGGCUGAUGUUUGUCUUUAAAAGCUGGAAAUAUAAGAAAAAGAUAAUGUUGUUUGCACACCGUUACCUCCCAUAUCCACUGGAAAUGACAGUUUGCUGAAGGAGGAAAUAAUUGGUGAUAUUGUCUAAUUCCCUCUCUAACUUCCUCCAUAUCAUAAGUGUCCUCUGUCUGUCUGUCUGCUUUUCCAAGUUUGGUAUGUUUUGUCUGUUUUCUGUUUUUGAUGAAGAACCCUAAUGAGUAUUCUGGUAUAAUUAUGAAAGUAUGAAACAAUUAUUAUUUAUGACAUGCAAUAUAAAAUCAAAUAUAUACUUAAUAUUCUUCUGUAUUCAGGGAGACAGGGAUAUUACAUAUGUGACUGUAGCUUUUAAGGUUAAAGAAAAUGCGUGUAUUGUCACUAACUUUUUCUUCACAAGACAAAGUUGGACAAGUGAUGAUGUUACAUGACUGCAAUGUGUAAGCUUUACUUAACCAUAUUUCUAUUUGGGCAAGGUGACUGGAAAAAGGGUACUUGAUAUGUUAUGUAUUGUGUGCUUUGAAGAAUGUUUUUUUUCUCUACAUGUACCUCUCAGUCUAUACAAAUAUCCAAGGUGAAAGAAAGGUAGCUCGAAACACUCUGGAUGAUUGUCUCAUGUCAGGACAUGGCAUCACUCAUCUCAUGUGCCCUUUACCGUUUCCCACAUCUGUUACUCUUUUGAAGUAGCAGUUGUGUUCCUUUUGUCGGUCCUGUCCACUUGGCAUCCACCCUCAGCUGUGUCACAACUUCAUCUGUUGAUCCACAAAGUAUAACUCCAUUCAUAUAAGGAUAUUUUGCAUGUAAUUCAAAUGUUCGAUACCUACUCUAUACAUUGUGCAUAAUGAGAGAAUGUUUUGAUUACAAAGAAUUUUACAUCUGCCAUUAUUCAUAUGCAUAAUGCUUGUAGUGUAUAAAUAAACUGCAUGCAAGACACUGCUAUAACCCAUUUCACUGAAAUGCCAAAAGAAUAAAGAUUACAUGUACCUCAA